AUGGCCACCGGAUGGGACUAUGGGAGCAACAGCAGCUGGCUGCUGGCGGCUGGGUGGGAACCGUGGGAUGGGAGCAGCUGGCCGGCGCCUGGGGACCUCUGGAGCGGCGUGCUGGACGAAGCCGAACGGGCGCCGGCCGGGGUGGCGUGCUGGAUGCAGCCAGCGAGCGUCGGCCGGGGUGACGGGGUGGAGGCGGGCGUCGGCCGGGGCGACGAGGUGGAGGGGGUGCACGCAGCUGAACGGGCGACGGCCGGGGCGGCGUGCUGGACGCAGCCAAAGGGACGCCGGCCGAGGCUGCGUGUUGGAUGCAGCCAGGCGGGCGUCAGCCGGGGCGAUGAGGUGGAGGCGAGCGUCGGUCAGGGCGGAUGGGGCCUCGGCAGGGGAGGUGGGGCGGAUGGGGCGUCGGCCGGGGCGGAUGCGUGCGUCGGGCGUCGGGAGGGGUGGGCGACGGGGUGGAGGUGGGCGUCGGCCGGGGCGAAUGGGGCCUCGGCAGGGGAGGUGGGGCGGAUGGGGCGUCGGCCGGGGCGGAUGCGUGCGUCGGGCAUCGGGAGGUGGGGCGGAUGGGUCGUCGGCCGGGGCGGAUGCGUGUGUCGGGGCGGAUGA